AUGAGUCUGACAAGAGGGGCGGAGGCCAUGUUUUCCCAGCAGCCACAGGACCUGGUGGUGGUGGCAGGCCAGCCUGUGACGUUACCAUGCACUAUCCCCGGUUACCAUGGUGUUGUCCUGUGGAUCAAAGAUGGCUUGGCGCUGGGAGUUGGCAGAGACCUCUCUGGCUAUCCUCGUUACACAGUGAUUGGCGACCACGGUUCAGGAGAGCAUCAUUUGCGAAUCCAGCGUGUCGAGCUGAUGGAUGACGCUGUGUUUGAGUGCCAGGCUGUCCAGGCUGCCAUGAGGUCCCGUCCUGCCCGUCUCACUGUGCUGGUUCCCCCAGAGGACCCUGUCAUAAGUGGAGGGCCAGUGGUGAGCCUAAGGGCUGGCGACCCACUCAAUCUGACUUGCCAUGCUGACAACGCCAAGCCAGCAGCCUCAAUAAUCUGGAUCCGCAAUGGGGAGGUCCUUAACGGGGCCAUGUACUCCAAGGUAAGCAUAGAGGUGUGUGUCAUACCAG